AUGCCUUUGUGUUUUGACUUGCUUUUUUUUGUUGUAUUGCUUUUGAGUUUUUCAAAAUCGUGGAUUUUUAAAGCUACUUCCUACACAUUAGCUCAAGCAAGUCAUACUCUCAUACUGUGCCGGAGGUGUGAAGGUGUGUGUGGAGGUGUCCUCAACCCCAAUAACACGGCCAGCUCCAGCUGGCCCCAAUCCUUCACAGUCGGCAGGCGCCAUAUAUAUAUAUCCCAACAAGGUGUUGGAGCUACAAGCUGGCGCCCGCUUUGGACGAAGAGAAUCGACGUCAAGUCGUUCAAAAAGUUGGUCUAUUUGUUGACAACAUCAUUGCCAUUCCAGAACUGGAGGUGGCAAAGCGUAAAUAUCGUCGCCAUCGGCACCGUAAACUGGAGCAGCAGCCUCCGCCGCCGCCCCCGCAGGAGCAGUACCAACAGCAGGAGCAGCAGACGGAGGAGCGACAGCACCAGCAGGUGACACAGACUCAGGUGCAUCUGGUCCAUGAGCGCACAAGUGAGCCGAUACAGCGUCACUUAAUCAAGGAUAAGAACAA